AUGCAGCUCCUAGCACGGCAACAUUCAGCGGGCUCACUUGAGAAGUUCAACCCUGUUUUGGUAACCCCAGUAAUUGGGAAUGAGUUUACCAAAGGCACCUGCAAUAUUGUCGAUGAUAUUCUUCAUGCACCUGAUGCCGAGCAGCGCAUCCGUGAUCUAGCAAUUAUGAUUGCCGAAAGGGGUGUCGUUUUCUUUCGUGCUCAAGAUAACUUGACAAAUGAUCUCCAGAAGGAGUUGAUUCUCCGCAUGGGUCAGCUUACCGGUCGCCCAGCCACUCAUGGUCUACAUAUACAUCCCGUCACGAAUGAUGCCCGCGAAUUCGGUGAUCCAGAUCCUGCAAUUAGCACCAUUAACUCGGAAGGCCGGAAGAAGCUUUACAAGGAAUCGGACUAUACUAAGAUGGCUGCUGUUUGGCAUUCGGAUAUCUCGUUUGAACCAGCCCCUGCAGACUUCUCCUCGCUGAGAUUAACGCAGUUGCCCAAGACUGGAGGAGACACUUUAUGGGCAUCUGGCUAUGAAAUUUAUGAUCGAAUAAGCAAACCAUAUCAGAAAUUUCUGGAGACUCUUACGGCGACCCAUGACGGCGAGGGUUUCCGGCGCAUGGCCCAGUCUGGCAAAUUUCAACUCUAUGAGAAGGAGAGAGGAUCGCCGGAAAAUACUGGAGGAGAUCUUUAUGCAAUCCACCCGGUUGUCCGAACAAACCCGAUCACAGGUUGGAAAUCUAUCUUCCCGAUCGGAUCAUUUCCCUCUUGCAUCAACGGGUUGAAUCGUAGGGAAAGUGCGAAUAUGCUGCAGUGGUUCCACGAUCUUAUUACAUAUGGACAUGAUUUGCAGGUUCGAUUCAAGUGGAGCGAGCCCAACGACAUCGCCAUCUGGGACAACCGAUGCGUCUUUCAUACAGCCACUGGAGACCAUGAGGGCUUUGGACCCCGGAGCGGUAAUCGAGCCGUUGGCGUUGGAGAAGUGCCUUAUUUCGACCCUGAGAGCAAGUCGCGGCGUGAAGAUCUGGGGAUUAUGGGUGAUCUUGCCUCUUGUCAUCUCUAA